CAUUUCAACUCUCUGAUCUCGGAACAGGACUUGUUUGUGAUCCCAUCUCUCAGUUACACAUAUUUCGUCGGGGUAAAGUGAGAAAUUUAGGAAAUAAGCUGCAAAAGUAUCACAUCAGCAAGAUGAGAUUUCCACCCUUGUGUUGUUCGUGUUUGUGUUCGGGCUUGAUUUUUGUGUCAAUUUUGCACUCCAUACUUUCUCAAGAUGUGGAAGAUAACGGGCUUAUUUUCGUGACGCCGAAAAUGGACGCGUUUUCAGGUGGGGGCACUACGGCGAACGAGAUUCCCAUCUUCCCAUCCAGCACGGUCAUGAGCACGUCCCGACAUCGGGACCACGAUGACGACACCACCACCACCACCAACCUCAAGAAGAAGAGAAUUCUCAAAUUUCUGAGAAAUUUCCGCCUCGACUUUUCCAAAUUUGAUACGACCUGUGUCAAACGGGAGGGUCGUGGUUUGACCGCACCCGCCGUUUCGCACGCCCGUGUCGUCAAAUAUACGAGGCGACGAAACCGCUCGCGAGACCGGAAUUAUUACGUGAUGGCGUUAUACGAAUGUUUGGAAGGCUAUGAUUUCCCUCUGGAAUCGUCCGACAGGAUGUUUUGCUCGAGAAACAAGUGGGUGGGACCGACACCCGUCUGCCUCGCCAAAGGAACUUUGGACGAGUCCGACUGCAUAAAAUGUGACCAGAUCUGUUCCCACGGGUCGGAGGGGGACAACAAGUCGGGCGUGGUCUGUUCCUGCUACUCGGGCUACGAGAUGACCUCGUCCUCCACCUGCGUCGACAUCAACGAGUGCCUCACCGAUAACGGGGGCUGCACCGGAAUCUGCUUCAACCAGCCCGGCUCCUUCCAAUGCUACUGCCCCGCCGGGCAUCAGGUCGGCCCCGAUGGGAAAACAUGUAUCGAUAGGAACGAAUGCCUCCUCCGCAACGGGCACGGACCUUGUCAGGACGGCUGCGAAAACACGCCUGGAAGUUACACCUGCUCCUGUGAACGAACUCCUGGCACGAAACUAGGAUCAGAUAAACACUCCUGCGAAGACAUCAACGAAUGUGACACCAACAACUUUAACUGCUCGCAUGGGUGUCUGAACACGUUUGGCACUGCGUUCUGCACGUGUCCGAAAGGUUUCGCCUUGUCCGCGGAGAAUUACAAGACGUGCAUUUCCGAAGAAAUUCCUGAGCCUACCACUCAACCCCCACUCCCACCCCGAGAGGAGGAGGACCAGCCCCCCGAAAAUCUCGAGCUGCUCAACACCCUGGUGGCCGACUGUCCUCCGGGGUCAGCCCUGGAUUCCGAGAAUUCCUUGAUUUGCGUGGAGCAUGCGGACUGUUCCGUGGAGAACGGGGGUUGUGACCACAUCUGCAUCGACACGUCCGACUCGUACCGCGUCUGUUCUUGCCGGAAGGGGUACGAACUCGUGAAUGGGACGGCGUGUCGCGACGUGAACGAGUGUGACACGGAGAACGGGGGCUGUGACCAGGACUGCACCAAUAUUCCGGGCACUUUCUUCUGCUCAUGUAAACCGGGAUACGUUCUCAAGGAGGAUAAACGCAUUUGUGAACCCGAAUUUUGUCAGGAUCCUCCCCUCCUCGUGAACGCAUCUGGCUGGGAGUGCGAACACCACGACACUCUGAGAACCACGACCUUAUCCACCGACGGCUAUUUCCGGUCUGGGACGAAAUGUCGCGUCAACUGUCUUCCCGGCUUCUCUUUAACACUCCUCAACGAAAUCGAGACCACCAUUUUUGGCAAGCAGGUCAAAAGUUUGGGGGGCUCAAACUCAAAAUAUGUCACGUGUUCCGGCGAUGGCACGUGGAGUCCCGCCGAUUACGAGGAGACCGUCGCCUGCACCGCGUCGAGUUGUCCGGCCCUGUCGAAACCCGAAUUUGGCACACUUUUCCCCGAAAUUUGCUCCUCCUCGGACCGAAUUCAGUUGAACACGCAGUGCCUCGUGCUAUGCGAGGUGGGUUAUUAUCCAAAAAAUGGGAGGCUGCGGACCUGCUCGAAAGGGUAUCGAUGGAGUCCAGAAGAUUCCACGGUCUGCAUCCGACUCCCCGCGACGCCACGACCCUACAUCCACUGCCCCUCUGAUGUGAAGGUGGACCUCAUGCCGGGGAUGGCGUCGGCCUACGUCAAAAUCCCCCAACCGCAGGCCAACAUGGAUUGGUACAGAUAUGUCGAGGCUGAUCCGACCUGGGCUAAAAAUUUGGAAUGGGAAGUCCCCGCCGGCUACACGCAGGUCACUUUUACGGCUCGAAGUCCAGUCUCCAAUGACACGGCGGCCUGCCGCUUUAAAAUCCAUGUGAUCGAUCUCGAAGCCCCACGCGUUCAAGGGUGUCCAACGUCCUUCGAAGUGCGGCUAAAUCCUGGAGAAACGUCGCGAGAAAUGUGGUGGUCCGAGCCCAAGUUCACGGACAAUGUGAAGCUGCACUACGUCCAGCAGAGUCACAAUCCCGGCCUCCUGAUGACCGACGGGACCACGCACAUCAACUAUGUCGCCGGGGACGCGGAGGGCAACAAGGCGCGAUGCUCCUUCUCCAUCACCGUUCAUGGACCGGAAGAGUACGAAAUGGCGGAUUAUUCCUACUACACGGGAACAAAUAAUUACCACCGGCACAUGAUCAUUUGCCCGAAUUUGAAAACGGGCAGAUGGACGGUUCACUACGCGUACUAUUUGCCCCCCGGGUGUCGCUAUUCCACGUCGAGGGGGAUUUUUUCCAAAUUUUUUAAGCAGUCCAGUAGCAGCAGUAGUAGCAGUAAUAGGAACAGGAGGAGAAUUCUGCCUCCUCCUCCCACGCCAUCCUCGUCGUUGUCGCCGUCACACGAAAAUCCUUGGCGUCACGGGACGAGGAACAGCAACAAGUUGUUGGAGAAGGCAGAAUUAUUGUUGUGGAAUCAAAAUCAUCAUGACGAAGAGAAGGAAGACACGCAGAGGAGGAGGAGGAAUUAACUUUUUUUGAAAACAAUUUUGUGACACUUUUUGAUAUUCUGUAAUUAAAACGGCGUAUUUGCGCCAUAGUUAAACUAUUCAUGGCGCAAGUUACCAAUUAGUUUAGGGUUUAUGGACUUUUAUGCAAAAUUUAACGAUUUUGCGUACAUGUGUAACUUUAACGCCGAUUCAAGUUAAUUGAGUAAAUCCUCAAGCCCAAGUAAAAUAAUAGGUUGGUGGUUGAAAAAAUAACGUUGUCAAAAACGAAAAUUUUUAGAUUUAUUUCAGAAACGUGAGAUGGGAAGAAAUAUAUUACGUGUUUUUUUAAAUAGUAAUUUCAAACUUUCAAAUUUCUUUGUCAUUUAACAUUUGUCUCAAAUUCUUGUAAAUUAUAUUAAAAUAUUUCCUAUUUAAAAUUGAUGAGAAAUUUGUAAAAAAGAGAAGGUGGAUUUUUUUGGGAAUACUUUAUUUUAAUUGAUUUGUUCAUGUGAUGUGAUUAUUAUAAUUAUUGAAUGAAUCCAUAUAAUAAUAAUUGAGUAUACUAAUUAAUAAUUAAUUAUUAUGCAUUAAGUAUGUAAUUAUUUGUGCAGUAUAAUAAUUGCCCAAUUAUGUCCUCAAAAGACAGAAAUUGUAUAUUGUUCGCCACCCAACCCAAGGAAAAGGUCAGUGUAUAGAAAAUAAUUAUGUAAGCUAUUUAAUUAAAUUGAUAAUUAGGUUGGAUUUUUUAAACCUUAAAAAUUUGUACCGCAAUUAAAAUGAGAAUAAUAAUUAGGAACUAUUAAUAUACUUUAGAAGAUUAACUAAACAAUAAUUAUGGUAAUUUUGUAAUUGUUGAAAUUAUAGACCACCAUACCACGUGACAGGAAGUCAUCGAUUCUAUUUACAUAAUAUGGUCACGUGUCAUAUCCGACGUACUUAUUAUGUGCCAAUUAUUUUUAAUGUACAAAAAAACUUGUCGAAUAUCCUUCGUGUUCAUAAAAAUAAAUAAAAUAACUUGUUUUUUA